AUGCACUCUGUCAAGGUUCCCGAUAUCCAGUACAAAAUCCGGCUAAAAGCGCAGAAAGCCAAAAUCCUGGCGCUCAAGAAGAAAAUCGACCUGUUAAAAUCUUCGUUUUGGGUCUCUAAAAUUGCUUAUCAUUACUUUAAUUUACCUCAAAAACGCGCAAUUCGAUCCAAAAGAAAGCUGAAAGAAAACGUGUUUACUAUUUCUACGAAAGACACGAUCGCGAAAAUGAACAAUUGCAAGUGGGAAACGAUCUUGUCUGUAAGCAAAUAUACAUGGCAGGAGGGCAAACCUAGAACGGCGUUGAGUUCUGCUGAAAAAGAAGAAAUUCUUGCUUUCCGAAAAGCACUUGGUCGUUAUCGAGCGAAAUCUGGAGAGCGUUCAAUCGCCGUUUGCACAUCAAGACGAAUUUCCGUAAUUGAAUGUGGUGAGCCAUUCGCACGUGGCCGCUGCCUCAAUCAUGGAAUCAAUCUCCUCAAGGAAGAGGAUGUUUUCUUCAUCUGCGAUGUUGAUCUCGUCGUAAACAGAGAAUCUAUAAGAAGGAUUAGAUUCCUUGCAAAAGACAAUGCAUAUUUUCCAAUUUUCUUCUCUCAAUAUGAAAAUGGUAAUUCAACGGCGCAGAUGGAAGAGAAUGGAUUUUGGAGAUCAUUUUCGUUCGGCAUGGCAGCGAUGAGCAAAAGAACCUUCUCGAAGACGGUCGGUUUCGACAAGUUUUUGAAAGGAUGGGGAGGAGAAGACAUCGCUUUCUUCGAGAAUCUAGUCAAGAAAGGGGCUUCCGUUGCCCGAGCGAUUGAUCCGGGGCUGUUCCAUCCUUGGCAUCCGAAAUCGUGCCCUUCUAAUCUUUCGACGAAGCAGCAUUCGGAUUGCGUGUCAACCCGCGCUGCGCACAAGUCCUCGAAGACAAUGCUGAGGCUCAUUAUUGCUCAAGCGUUUUUUGAGUGCGCUGAAGGAGGAAUCGUCGAAGAGAAGUCAAUCAGCGUCAAACUUGAGGAAUGUCAGCUUCCUGAACCAUUAUUGUGCGAAAAUGGAGAGAACUGUCCAACGUGGGAGUGCUCUGAAAAGGGAGAUGAGCUUCUCUGUGAAGCACGAUGUUUCGAAAGCCACGCUCUUGCUCGCAAACAGAAGUGUUCAUGCUACACUAGAAUGGGUCCGUUGAAAUUCUUCACUGGCUGCAAGUGGGAAAUUGACGAGAAUCAAAAAUCUUGCGCUGCUGAUACACAAGCAACAGACCCAACAACAUCGACAAGAGCGAUGAAAUCUGCUUCGACGACUACAACGAAGCCACAACCAAAGAAAGAUGAAACCUUCAGCAAUUGUCAAUCCCUCGCCGAUUCGAAACGCUGGAAGUGUGAUCUCGUCCGAAAGCACCGGGCAAAAUGUAGACUUCCUUGCAGAGGGGAAAAGACGAUUUCGAACAGAUGUUUUUGUAUUCAGGGUGUAUGCAAAUGGACUCAUCCGGUAGAAACUACAUGUAAAGCAACGCGUCCAAAUGUAGAAGAAACAACUUCGCUGGCGACAAUGCUACUUGAUGCUCAGAAAAUAGAAGAGCCAGAAGAGUCCGAAGAACCCGAAGAAAAAGAAGAGGAGCCGAAAGAGAACAGGUUCAGAAGCCAGAGCCGGAUUCAAAUCAUCUCGACCGAAGCCCCUCAAGUUUACCGAGGAAUGCGGUAUAUAAUUAAAGAUGGAAAACGACUGUUCAAUCAAAACGACCUUAUAAGCCAAUUCCUUAAUUGGUUCAGAAGAAAUUAA